CAUUGUUGACAGUAUCCAGCUAAUGCACGUGUUUAGGUUUACGCUGCUUUCAUAUCAAACAUUUCCGAUUACAAACAGCAUAUGAGUACACAGUCAACGUAGUAACCAUUCAGACUGUAUGCAAAAGGAAAGGAAAAUGUUAGCUUCGGCCCCUUUAGCAAACUACCACGAGAAACGACAGUUUCGGCAGGGCCAAAAGACAGCUACGAUACUUUCCAAUACCGCUGGGCAUGUGACGGUUAUUCCAGACACAACUUUCAAUGACAGGAGAACAGAAAUGCGACGUGGGAUAGAUUUACCACGCAAGAGAGGUUCAAGAGAAAUGCAUAGAACCACUAUGACAUUUGAAACAAAUCCUGUGAAACCCGACUUUGGAUCUACAGCAAGAAAGAGUUACAGUGGCACUAGGCAUUUACCUUCCCCAGAAAAGGCUAGAGGUCCUAGAUACCCAUAUUUACACAUGUCACAGUUUGAUCUUGGAACAUCCAGCAGAACAGAUUGGACAUCCACAAAUUCGAGGAAUUAUUUUCAAAAAGAUAUUAACCCAGCAUCUGUUAUCCAUUGGCCUACACUAGAAAACAAACUAAAUAUGAAUCAAGGGAGUCAGAUGCGUCAAGUACUAGUUCAACCAGAUAAUCAGUACACUUACUGGACGCAGUAUUCUCGUAUCCACAACAAACUUGGUGCUGUCCUUAAUCCUGAUGUUCCCCGCGAGCUAAGGAACCCACCUAUAAGAAAACAGUACAAUAUUUUGACAGGAGAAAUUGUAGGGCCAGCAUGGUCAGAAGAAAAUCGAAGAACCUCAGGAAAUCGAGUUUUGUAUGGAUCAAGAAGAAAUGAUGAGUUUACACCAAACUGAUGGAAGCAAGUACCUGUCCUGACACAGAUUAAGAGAAUUUUCGUACAGAAAGUGGUGCUUCCAUGUUAUCUCCCAUUCAUAAAUUUUCCCUUUUCCCUGAAAAGUCUUUAGAAAAAUAACCAGGAAAUUCAAUGUCAUUAAAAUGAUCAAUCCAAUAAUUAUUCCUGGUUUGCCAUUUGUUUCCGUUUGCCAGUGUGGAGAUAAAAAUUGUGUUAACAUCAUACUGCAACAAGUAUUGCAUAAUAUGAACUCGUCUUCUGUGCAAUAUAAAUUCCCACCGACAAUCAUUGCUCAUACAUUGUACAAUCAUUGUCUAUUAUAUUAAUGCAACCCUUCAAUCUAUAUUUAAGGUUGUUAACAUUUUGGCCAAUAUUCUGCUCCUGUGGUCAACAAGUCUGACAUGAUUUAUUUUGAUACUGUUUUACAUUUGAAUUUUUUUGUGAAAAAAUCAAGCAUAAUAUAUUAAAAAGUCCAUGUGCAUAAUAUAUUUAGAAGUGGUGGUGUUUGUUAGUUACUUCAUGUUCAGAUAGUUGCAAUUUAGACUAUUUUGUAUAUUUGCUUAAAGUCCUACUUGUAUUUUUCAUAAAAUUUUAAGAAAUGGAAAAGGAUGUACUAAUUAAUUUGUAUUAAUAAAAUUGAAUAUGAAAAAAAAAAUCUGCAAAAUGGUACAUUUUCUAAACCCUUCUUUUAAACAAGACAUGAACAUAAAAAUUCAUUCAGCCAGUUAUGUGAAAAUGAACAUUUUUCUUUUAAAGAUGCACUUGGGGCAACAUAUUAAUAUGUGAGCAUAGUAAAAGUUAUAAUAUCAUUUACAAAUAGCUUAAAAAGCAAAGAUGGAUUAAAGCAACUUAAAGCACUUGAAUAAAUAACAGUUGCCUUUGGUAUGCCAGCAUCUCAGGGAGGUGGCUGUUAUGUCUAGGAAAACAUACCAUUUAGGUCAGACAUCGUCACAACUGCUGUAUAUAAGCCUCAGUUGCAAAAGGAAUGUAGUCACAUAACACACAAUCCCAAGCUGGAAGUACAAUUUAUUCUACAACUCUGAGAAAAAAUAAUACAAUACUAAGACUCUAUUGAUCAAGCCACUAGCAGAUCAACCUGAUCUUUGAAGCUUGAAUACAACUAUAAGGCUGCAAAGAAGCAUAAUAAUGUUCAUAUUUAUUUCACUAACCCUAAACAUAAAUUGGAAGAGCAACAUUCAGAUUACCCUGCAUGUUAUAUUUUUAAACUAUAGUAUAACAUAAAGAGAACCAUGUACCAGCUCAUGAAUGUAAGAUGUUCAUCAAUACCUUUCAUCAUUCACCCAAGAGUUGGAAACCGAGGAGGAAAAGGGGGAGGGGGGGGGGACUACCAGGUAACAAGAUUUGCAGUGCUAUGUAACCAAGUGGUACUAGUCAAUUCAACAGCGGUGAAAAAGGUCAUCAAAACUGCUGUGGCCCCCAAGCUGAGAGAACCUCUGGCAUAGAUUUUCAUUUUAAAGACUUCCUUCGUGUAUUUCUCUUCAACAAAAAAAAAAGUAAUUGCCUAUACUUCAGUAACAGUGAUGAGAUGCCCACUGGGUCACUGCAACAACUAAGUAACAAAUCGGUCACCAAAAAAAA